UUGGCCUACCACAAAACACCAGCACAAACAACAAACAAAUCCCUACUCCACCCUCCCAUCCACAACCACCACCCACAUAUGAGCACCCUACCUUCCCAAAGGAGGAACUAGACACUUCACCACUCUCCAUGGGGCCAAGGGGAAGGCCCCGUGGCUCUAAGAACAAGCCCAAAUCACCAAUCAUUGACAACACCCUCAAUUCCAUCGUAAUUGAAAUCCCUCCUGACAAUGAUGUCAUUCAAUUUCUCAUCGACUUUGCUUGCUCCCAUCAAGUUAACCUCAUUGUUACAAGUGGUUCUGGUAUUGUGUCAGGUAUUCAUAUUCGCCAUCCUGAUCCUCUCUAUGGCUCUACUUUGAUCUACCCCGGACUCUACAGAAUGAUUUCUCUGAGUGGAACCUACAUGAAUUUUCACUUCCCUCACUCUUUUUCCAUUGCUAAUAACCUUCCUUGUGUGAAAAACUUCACGAUUCGCGUAUUUGGGAGUCAGGGUGUCGUUUAUAAUGGGAUUGUUGCAGGGAAGGUCAUGGCUGCGAGUAAUGUAGUGGUCAACGCCUUAAUAUCCAAGAACUUUGAAUAUCACAAGGCUCGUUCCAUCGAUGGAAACAUACUGAUUGAGGAAGACGAAGAGCAUUCCUCUUCUUUCAGUGAUCAGCAUUCAAGUGAUUCCAAUAUCAUAGUGGUCAACACCAACAAUGCGUAG